UACAAGAAAAAUUGUUAGUAAAGAAAUAGUGUUAGUGUAAAGAAGUUUUAAGUGUCGUGUGUGUUUGUUUACAAGUCUAAGUAUCAGCUGCUAUAGUGCAUCGCUGAGAGACUUUAAGUUGUUAAAAAGAGUUACAAAAAAUAGACAUGGAUACACCUAAUUCUAUUAGUGGCAAUAAUAGUCCAACGCCUCCCUCUGAUCAGGAUGUGGAGCCACGAGUACGAUUCCUUGAGCCGUCAGCAUCACCUAGUGACAAUGGGCUCAUUAAGCCCAAGCCACUUUAUCGACCCAGAAGCUACAGUCUUUUCGAUAUGUUUGAAGAUCGCGAACCGCUUAUAAAAGUAGACAAAGUGGAUCAAGCGGGUUCAGAAGAAUCUUUGUCUAUUAAUAAGAGUAUGGUGAAUGUCUUCUCUCUGACACUCCCCAAGCUGUGCAGGUCUAGCCAGAAAUCCAGAAGACUCAAUACUCUAUUGCUGGAAGCUAUCAAUAGUCUAGACGUACAGGAAAUUGAGAGGUUAGUAAAAGCUGGUGCCAACCCUAACUCGACCUGUGGCUUAAAUAAUGUAUCAGCUUGUCACCUCGCAGCCUUGAGGUCAGACGAUGCGCUGUCCCUUCUUAUUAGUUAUGGAGCUGAUAAAGAUAGAUCGGACAGACUAGGUCGGACACCGCUCCAUAUAGCCGCUUGGGCGGGAAACGCAAAACAUAUUGCCUUACUACUUGGAUUUUCAAAAGAACUACAAGAUCAGAUAGAAAAUGGUGAAUUAUGUGAAAUUAUACAAGCUCAAGUAAGAAAAGAGAGUAAAAAAGAAAGUUAUAUAUCGGAAUUAGUGAACUCAAAAUGUGACUUCAGUCAGGCUAAUAUAAUCGUCCCUAAAGAUUGGAAAGACAACAAGAUAGAUCACAACUGCAAAGAGAUUGAUAAAACCCUGCCCUUGCUCCAAUCAGGCUGGACGGCGUUGCACGCAGCGAGCUCUCGUGCACAAUACCACUGCGCUUGCCUUCUGAUGGCGGCUGGUGCCGAGCCCUGCUCACGCGAUCUCAUUGGCAGAACUCCCCUGGAUAUCGCAGGAUCAGCCUAUUACAGUAACGAAAACAUAAAUGCCAAAAAUUUUGCAGAUCUCGUCACAAUAUUAGUUGAUGCAAAUUGCAAGAAUUAUACUCUAAAGAACAGGAAGACAGUCAAUACUCCACUUCACACUGCUGUCGAAUUAGGCAGCUUAAAGGCUGUGUCUGUCCUUGUUAAUGCCAAGGUACCUGUGAACUGGUUGAACCGAGCUGGGCUGACUGCUCUCCAUAUUUGUGUCAGAAAGAAGCUGAAAGAGCAUUUGCAGGUUUUAGCAAACCACGGUACAAAUGAAUGUGAUGAUACUGAAACAAUAGAAAUCCGGGAUAAGGACGGAAACACGGUACUACACCAAGCAAUUGUAGAGAAUUGGCCUGCAGGAGUACGCGUCGCCAUUGAAGCCGGAGCUAAUAUCAUGGCCAAGGAUAAUGACGGCGAAAGUCCAAUACAUUUAGCAGCUGCAAAUGGUAACGUGGAAAUCCUUACGGAAAUCUUAAAUGUUGCAACAGACAAGAACAUUGUAGACACAGUGAAUAAUCUGAGAGAAACUGCAUUAUUCAAAGCGGUUAUGAAUGGGCACACUGACUGUGUGAAAAGACUUCUGAAGGAGGGAGCUUCUAUCCGUAAGACCUUACCUAGACAAGUGAACGUGUUUCACGUAGCUGCUGAAAAGGGUUUCUUGAAUGUACUACGAGUUUUAUUAGACCACGACUACUCCAUCACAAGAAUGAUGGUCAACCACCUUACAGCUGAUGAUAAAAAAGGAUUUGGGCCAAUCCACUUCGCAGUAAUAAAUAACCAUGCGAAGUGCGUCAAGCUGCUACUAUCAAGAAACGCUUAUCGAAGUCUUAGAGUUUCCUAUGGAUUUCACAGGGGUUCAACGCCUCUACAUAUAGCCGCAAUCAACAAUAACGUCGAUAUUGCUAAAAUUAUCAUGAAGAAUAAUGAAGAAACUAUACACACUAUGAAUGAUUUGGGAUGGACCCCAUUACACACUGCCAGCCAUUACGGAAGCAGAGAUAUGAUAAUUCUUUUACUAGAAGAAGGCGCUGAUCUUGCCAGCCUAACUAAUGGCCCAAAUAACUGUAGGACAACAGCAAUAGACAUGAUAAUGAAUAACUUGUCCAAACCAACAGAUUUUAUGGAGCAAAUCUUUGAUAGAUAUAUUAACACCAAUUCCAGUCUUCAAGAUGCUAAUUGUGAGGUUAUAGUUGAUUAUAAGAUCUUGGUACCAAAUGAGGAAGCAAAGGAACAAAUUAAAGUCAUUGAUGCAUUACUUAAGACGGGGGAUCGAUAUGGUCAAAGACGAUUACUGGUACAUCCGCUACUAGAAAGCUUUUUAUGUUUAAAAUGGAAAGCUCUUCAGCCAUUCUUCUAUACAAUGAUAGCUCUCUACGCUUUCUUCGUGAUGUCAUUGACGACGUACAUUGUAUCAGUGUUCUUUUAUAAGGAUACUAAAAUAGAUCCCCCGAUCUAUCUUAAUGACGUGGUAUGGAUGGUAGUUUUGUAUAUUGUUGUCUUUCUUAUCAUAUCACAGGAAAUACUGUUUAUGAAAGUAAAUGAAACAUAUUUUCGGCAACUCGAAAGUUGGGUGAAGGUUUGUUCAGUAUGCUUGGCGGUGGCUCUGCCUACCGUCGCUACUAGGAUAGACCUGUCAGGCACGGAUUGGCCUCGACACGUAGCUACUGUGGCUUUACUCUUAUCAUGGCUCGAAAUGAUGUUCCUACUGUCCAGGUUUCCUAAAUGGGGAUAUUAUGUACUCAUGUUUGGAAAGGUAUCCACGAACGUGAUGAAGAUUCUCUUAACAUUUGCGUUCCUAGUAAUCGGAUUCUCUCUUAGUUUCAUGAUACAAUUUCACUCACAAGUACCAUUCGAGCAUCCCUGGGCUGCACUCGUAAAAACCAUGGUGAUGAUGACGUCAGAAUUCGACUAUGAAGACCUCAUGAAACAAACUGAUUCCGAAAAGUUCGUGCAUUCACUUCUAGUUGUUCGCCUUAUUUUCUUUGUGUUCUUAAUUUUAGCAGCUAUAGUACUCAUGAAUCUAUUAGUAGGUGUUGCUGUAAAUGAUCUACAUAAUUUACAACUAUUAGGCAACGUAAGGAGACUUGGGAAACAAGUCGAAUUCUUAGGAUCUUUAGAAAACCUAGUCUACAAUAAAAUAUUUAUGAAACUAAUGCCGAACUGCUUGAAGGAAAUUUUGAAGAAACAAACGAAAAAAUUGAAAGAUUUUGUUUUAAGGCCAAGCAUGCCAAAAUCGAAGGGUUACAGAUCUCUACCAUCGCAUAUAAGAGAUGCUAUUUUUGAAAAAGCACAAAUGCAUAAAAAGCAGUUGGAAGACGAAAUAGGUACUCAGAAGGACAGAAAGAAGCUAGACGAAAUAUAUGAAGUGACAGUACAGAAAUUCUGUCGUAAACAACCUAAUGCUAAAAAUUUUAGUGCCCCAGGUAACAGGACGCGUAGUGUUCCGAAUUUCUCGCAACUAGCUGGUCAAGUAAUCGAUCUUGAUUCAUCGCUAGACGAUGUCAAAAAUCAAACAACGCUAUCGAUAAAAGAAUUGAAAGGCUCUAUCGCAAUGCUAAAUAAUAAAAUGAACUUGAUUCUUAGUAAAUUAGAAAAACUAUGAUGUAAAGAAAAUUUAUAAUGAAUUAUGGAUCAGGAAAUUUUCAAGACGACUCCUUUAAAUCACAGCAAUAGGACAAAAUGCAGCAUUAUAGUUGCAAUAAUUAGAUGUAAGUUAAUACGAACAAAACUAGAUUUUCACAUGUUGUAACAAAAAAUCAAGACUGCUUUAUAGAAAUAAAUGUUUUUUCAUGAA